AUGGUGAGCACAAUCCCGCCUUCACGGCAGGGAGCCACGGUCUGCACCUACAACCUCAACAACGACGACGACGACGAUUUGCGCCUCGCCACGCUUGCCAUCGACGCUCGCAAUGCCCUCACACGAUUCGGAUGCCUGCCCUCUCCCUCGCCUGCUAUCGGACAGAACUCCAACCAGCAGGCCGACCAGGUCUCCGGCGACAAUGCCUCCAAGGACAAGUCCGGCAACCCCAUGCGCGAGCUCCGCAUCUCCAAGCUCGUCCUGAACAUCUCGGUCGGUGAGUCUGGUGACAGACUUACUCGUGCCGCCAAGGUUCUCGAGCAGCUGUCUGGUCAGACCCCCGUCUACUCCAAGGCCCGCUACACCGUCCGUACCUUCGGUAUCCGCCGUAACGAGAAGAUCGCUGUCCACGUCACCGUCCGUGGCCCCAAGGCUGAGGAGAUCAUCGAGCGUGGUCUCAAGGUCAAGGAGUACGAGCUCCGCAAGCGCAACUUCUCCGAGACCGGCAACUUCGGUUUCGGUAUCAACGAGCACAUCGAUCUCGGUAUCAAGUACGACCCCGGUAUUGGUAUCUACGGUAUGGACUUCUACUGCUGCAUACGCAUUGCUGCUACUGCUGCUGCUGCUACUGCUGCCACUGCCGCGUUUAGAUGA